UGACGUCAGUUUAACUGUUCACUGCUCACUCAGCUCAGCGCGGAUUUUAAAAACAGAAAUUUACGAAGUACGUUAGCCGGCUAAGUUUUAGGUCAAAUUUAAGUAUUUGGUUUGACAAAGUAAGACAUAAAUUAUCCGCGUGUAUGAAGUGAAUUUAUUUCGCUUUCUACAUGUUUUGGUGUUCGAGGUGAAUAGUGACGCCAUCAACUGGCACCGAGGUGUUUGUAGCGAGUUAGCAAUAACUGUCAACUAGUAACUGUUAGCUAGCAAAGUAGCCUCUGCUCAUAAACGUCACUAUUAAGUCUUGUGCGAGAAAAUAAUUGUAUCACGGCGACCGGUCUACUCUUUUAUUAAGUUAGUUACGACUAGUUCAUCGUACUCAUUUAAACGCGUAUGACUUCUGACACUAUUGCUAUUACUAGAGGGAAGUUAGCCACCGAGCUAACAUGAGAUAAUUUUGUGACACUUCGGCUAUCUGACAAGUAACUGGUUUAAAUGGUGUCAUGGAGGACAGCUCGUCUUGUUCUUCGGCUGGUCUGUCUCCAGCGUCUUUCCUCCAGAGAACGUUGGAGCGGUUAUCAAAUACACAGUGCCUGAAACUAAAGACUGAGGAGACGGCUCCUGUAGCUGUCAUUGCACUCCAGAGGUACUUGUCGGAGCAAACUGAUGGGCUGCAGCAGGUCGAUAGCUACAGCUAUGACGUGACGGUUACCGAUGGAGUCUGGAGAGCCAAAUGCUUUGUCCACCCCAGCCUGAAUCACCUGGUGCACAAAAACACCCUGAGGACUGGAAGUGACAUCCGCAUCAUGCAGUGCUCGUUUGUUUACAACGAGAGGAGACUGGGACAUGGUUACAUUUGCCUUGAAAAGCUCAGGUGUGGUACAGAGACGUCUGCUGUCCUGCCCCAGGUCAAGGAUGCCAGUUCACUGCCCAUGCUGAUAAAGCAUGGCAUGGAAAGGAGUCUGGUGCUGCAAAGUGAUGUUCCCCUUCAGGUGAGCCGCAAACACUACCUGUCUCUGUGGAACAAUGAUGAUCCAGAGGGAGACAUCUGGGAGUCACGGUCUCCUUCAUCUGUCUCGGUUCUGGAUGUGUCCAAAGUUGCGCUCCUUUCAAGUCUGGAGUCAUUCUUCAGAAGCACAUGGAAAAAUCUCCCCCUCCUGGUGAAAAUAAUACAUAAAUCCAGAUUAAGGUACUAUGGGAAGUUUGGGCUCAAGAUUGAUUACCCCUACCAGGCAUACUUUGAAGUUGCUGAUCAGAGUGGCACAAUGUCUGUUGUGCUUUGGAACGAACUUUGUCCUGAGUUUUACCAGAGACUGAAUGUUGGCACAGUGUUGUACCUCCAAAAUUACACCCUGAAGCAGAGUUAUUCUAACCGGUCACGACCACAAAUGGACCAUCACAGAAUGAAGAACUUUAACUCUGUAGAAAUCUGCCUGAACCCUCGCAACCCAGCUUCUGUCAUCACUGUGGUCUCACCAAAGAGUGUUUUACCUCAGUGGGGUCUGCCUGAGGUUUCCUACCAGUUCACUACCAGGUCAGAACUGGAGAACCUGGCCAACAACUCUGCAUGUGAUGUUAUUGGUUUGGUAACAUUUGUUGGUCGCGUUGAAAGAGUCAAGAAUAAAGGGAACAAGGGUCCAGAUAAAUACUGGACAUAUCGCUGGGUCCAUGCGGUGGAUGGAACCUCAAACCAUCCUUUUAUCCUGGAGCUGUUUUCCUCUUCUCAAGCUGAAAUCUUCAGUCAUAUCUGUCCAAUGACUUACCUGGUGUGCACUCAGAUGAGAGUUUUUCAAGUGGAGGGAUCGUUGCCGUACCUCACAAGCAGCUGCGAGACUGAGAUUUUCAUCACAGGCUACCACAAAGGUCAGCCAUAUGUGAGUGAUCCCAGAGUGAAGAGUUUCAUCCAGUGGACCAAGACUCUCAAGGACAGCGCCGUCCAAGAGAAGACAGCAGUUGGUGGCCACUAUUGCUACCCUCGACCCCCACAGAUAUUUACACAGUCAACAGCAGGUUCCUCAAUUCAAGUUCCCCUGGUUGCUGUGGCUGAUUUGAAGAAGGAGUUAGAGACUCUGCAAUAUAGAGAACAUAAAAAACUUGCAAUCCAAGGACAGAUCACAGCGGUGCGAUACAUGAAAAGCCCAAAGACCCCAGAGUCACAAGGAACGGAAGAGAAAGAUGUGCCUGAUGUUUCUCCUGAUGUGUGUGAACAAACUGUACAAGAACCACACGUUAAUCCCUCAACAUCGGAACAGAGUCUUUUGGACAAGAUAACAUCCCCAUCUGACAAUAGUUCAUCAGGCAGGAAGAAAAGAAGAAUUCAUAUCAGUAAAGCCCCGGAGGCUUCCCCGAAACGCAGUAGAGCAUCAGCUAAAAGGAGGGCUGUAUAUCAAAAUACAGAAGAGCAGGAAGAAGAAGUAGAAGAAGAGAGUGGCUCUGUAUCUGAGGGAGUUCAAGAGGCAGAACUGCAAACUCCAAGUCCAGCAGACUCUUUAACAUGGGAAAGCAGCAGCUGGACGAAUCAACAACAAGACAUAUCUGAGCAUUUGUGUCAAGGUGGACUUUACCAGGACAGCAUCUCUCGAAGGUUCACGUUUGACAAGAAGAAUGUCCUCCUGCAGUGGAGCAACCUUCAGCCAACACGGUGGACAUCAGAACACACCGCUGACACUGUCCCACCACCACUUUGUACAGGAUACUACCAAGUAACAAUAUUAGGCAUCAACAAGCAGAUAGCCAUUGACGCUGCUUAUUUUCCCAUUGUGAGGUCCGAUGAGCCCCGGGCUGUCGGCCUUCCUCAGGUUCCCCACGGCAACAGCAUGCUGUCCUGCCUGUCAUCAGGUUUCUUCUGCCCGCUCAGCCACACAGACAACCACAGCGGAGCAACUCUCCCUGAGCCAGAGGAGGUCUUGGUCACUGCCAGCGAGCUGGAGGACACACAUGUGGUGUGCAUCUUGGACCUGUGUCAUCUGGGUGGAGAUGAGGUGGAAAUCCUGAUCAGUAAGGUGUACAGAGCCACAGAAGUUUCUCUUGACUAGUCUACACAAGAAUAAGAGAAGAAGCUGUAAACAUUAGCAUUGAGGCCAUGGAAGAUGAAUACACUUGUUAUAUACUAAACAUAACUUUUGACACCUGCAGAUUCUCUGAUUUCUUGUCAUAGAUCUAGCAGUAAGUGUCACAUAAUGUAUAAUCCUUUGAGAAAGCUUUUUUAUUAUUAUUAUUAAAAUACAGAUCUGUGACCUUCUUUCACAGAGAAAUACAAGUCCAGUUGUCUGAUGUCAAAAUAAAAAUGUGUCUUUUUGCACUAAGGGCA